AUGUGGACGGUGACGAUUGGUGUACUCAUCUCAGCAUUGUUCUGCGCUUCGCACUCCGAUACCAUUGAAUCCAAAGAAUGUGUAAAAACUACACGUGUCCAAAAGAAACUUUCUGAUUACAGCCCAGAACAAAAGGACGCAAUGAAGAAUGGUCUCAACCGAAAGGAACUCCCUCCUGAAGAUACUGCGGUCUUCUCCUUUAAUAAGACCGUGAGCAAUAGACGGACAGCAGAAAACGGAAUGAAGGCACAUAUAGUCCUUUAUAUUGCAGCGGACAAGGAUAUCUACGGUUAUUUCAAUUUCAAUGGUAAUGCUUGGGGUUUCCACCCUAUUACUGAAGACAAAGUACAACAAUUAUGCUAA